AGUCGGAUCGCGUGUUGAUACUAUGUAUUCACCUCUAUUAUUUCAUGCCGGUUUUUUGUGCGAGUGUGGAACUUAAUCUGAACGAGUCUGGCCGGAUCGUACUGUCGUCAUAGAACGACAGCAUCUCUCCGACAUCAAAAAACCCUUGUAGUCAACUAGUCACUCACAAAUUUAUAAUCCUAGCCUUGGAUAACCAAUAAAAAUACCAAAGUUCAAAGCAAUUAUCACUGCGUUGCUGUAUUUGAAUUUUGAAUAUAAAUCAUAUUGUUAUUGGAAAAGACUAGUUGUGAGCCGAAAGAAGCAGUUUAAUUAAGUAUCUUGACUUCAUAGUGUAACAACGGAAUGAAUCGUAGAAGAGUCCACGACGAAGAAGAUGGAUACGAGCGUCUGCAUCGUAAACGUAGACGAGUGUCUGAAAAUCAAGAAAUUGAAGAUAGACUGGAAUCGCUUAUUUUACGCGUUGGUGAAAAAAGUAGCUCUAGCUUAGAGAGUAAUUUAGAAGGCUUAGCCAGUGUUUUAGAAGCUGAUUUGAGCACUUUUAGAGUAAAAAUCCUUCGCAUACUUACAGAUUGCGCAAUACGCAUGCCAGAGAAAUGUACAAUUUAUGCUACAUUAGUAGGUCUAUUGAAUGCGAAAAACUACAACUUUGGAGGUGAGUUCGUCGAUUACAUCGUGAAAACUUUCAAAGAAAAUCUGAAAUCUGGUAAAUGGAAUGCAGCCAGGUAUUGUUUGAGAUUUAUUGCUGACUUAGUAAACUGUCAUGUGUUGGCCGCCUCAUCAUUGUUAACAUUAUUAGAAGUAUUAGUAGACUGUGCUAAUGAAGACACAGUUCCUCAAGUGAGAAGAGAUUGGUUUGUGUUUGCUGUUCUUUCAACACUCCCAUGGGUGGGGAGGGAGUUGUAUGAAAAAAAGGAAUCUCAGUUAGACCAUUUAUUAGUCACAAUAGAGGUAUUUUUGAACAAGCGCAGCAAGAAACAUUGGCCUGCAUUAAAGGUGUGGUCAGCAGACACACCCCACCUUCAGGAGGAGUAUUUGGACUGCCUAUGGGCACAAAUAAAGAAGUUAAGGCAAGAUAAUUGGUCAGAGAAACAUAUACCCAGGCCAUAUCUUGCUUUUGACUCAAUAUUAUGUGAAGCUCUACAACAUACACUUCCUACUAUACAGCCUCCACCACAUAAUGAUGGGGAUUCAUACCCAAUGCCCAGGGUUAUAUUCCGCAUGUUUGACUACACAGAUUGCCCUGAUGGUCCAGUACUUCCUGGUGCACAUUCCAUAGAAAGAUUCCUUAUUGAAGAACAUUUACAUAACAUUGUUGAGGCCUAUCAUUUAGAACGAAAAGAAUGUGCUGCCCAGCUUCUAUGUUUUCCAUACAAGGCCAAGAUACCAUUAGAGUACUGCAUUGUGGAAGUGAUGUUUGCUGAGCUGUUCAACCUUCCUCGGCCAAGAUAUCGCGAAGUAUGCUAUGGUUCAAUUUUGAUAGAGCUAUGUAAGCUCCAACCUGCAACAAUGCCACAAGUACUUGCCCAGGCGACUGAGAUAUUGUUUAUGAGAAUUGAUACAAUGAGUGUUGCAUGUUUUGAUAGAUUAGUGAAUUGGUUCUCUUACCACUUGAGCAACUUCCAGUAUAGAUGGUCCUGGGAUGAUUGGGAAUCAUGUGCUCAACUUGAUGCAGACCAUCCGAAACCACGUUUCAUUAGAGAAGUACUCAGCAAGUGUCAAAGGUUGUCAUAUCAUCAAAGAAUUAAGGACAUGGUUCCUGAAUCUUUGCAGUCUCUUGUACCACACAAACCUGAACCUAUAUACAAGUAUUCAAUGGAAGGAGCAGCGUCACUGCCGGGAACGGAAGCCGCCCACCAGCUAGUGGUGUGCGUCAGGAACAAGUGCACUCCGGAGGAAGCGCUCAACGUCCUUCGGGAACUGCCCAACCCGCUCCGGGAGGGUGAGGCCGGCACCCACGCGUCCCAGUACAACCCGCUCAAGAUAGACGUGUUCGUGCAGACCCUGCUCAACCUGGGCAGCAAGAGUGUGUCGCACAGCUUCGCGGCUAUAUCCAAGUUCCAUUACGUGUUUAAGAUAUUGGCAGAAUCGGAGGAAGCCCAGAUCUGCGUCCUGCGCAACCUGUGGGAGCUGUGGCAGCGACACCCGCAGAUGGUGUGCGUGCUGGUGGACAAGAUGCUCAAGACGCAGAUAGUGGAGUGUAGCGCCGUGGCCACGUGGCUCUUCUCCAAGGAGAUGUCGCCCUUCUUCACGCACAGCUGCCUGUGGGAGGUGCUGCACCUCACCAUCGACAAGAUGAACAAGCACGUCUCCAAGCUGAGCAAAGAAUUACAAGAGGCUAGGGAGGCUCUGGCUAGAGCAGACUCAAGCAGUUCAGACUCAGAAGAUGAGGGCAGCAAGAAGAAGAAAGACCAGGACAAACCCACUGAAGAGGCCGUGGAGCGUAUGGAGGAGCGGCUGGAGAUGGCGCACACGGACCAGAAGCGGCUGUUCCUGAUCGUGUUCCAGCGGUUCAUCAUGAUCCUUUCGGAGCACCUCGUGCGCGCUGACACGGACGCGCGCGACCACGACACGACCUGGUACCGCAGCACCGUGGGCCGCCUGCGACAGGUGUUCCUGGCUCAUCACGAACAAGUCCAAAAGUACAGCAGCACACUGGAGACGCUGCUCUUCACCCAAGACCUGGACCCUCACAUAUUGGACGUGUUCCACCAGUUCGUCGCUCUGACGGCCUAGUUAUUCCUUACGUUGUGUAUUUAUUUGUAAGUAUAGAUGACUAAGACUGUUUGGGUUACGAUUGAAUGUAAUAUUGAGAAUAUAAUAUUAACACUUUAA